UUUCUUUCUUAUGUGUUAAUGUGUAUUUCCAGGGGUUGGUGUGUGCUGGAUUGGCUGACAUGGCCAGACCUGCGGAAAAACUCAGCACAGCCCAAUCUGCUGUUUUGAUGGCUACAGGGUUUAUUUGGUCAAGAUACUCGCUUGUAAUUAUUCCCAAAAACUGGAGUCUGUUUGCUGUUAAUUUCUUUGUCGGGACAGCCGGAGCCUCUCAGCUCUUUCGUAUUUGGAGGUAAGCUUACCACAGAUGUAAA